GCUCUAGUGUGACGUAAAAUGAACUACAACAGCAACAUCAAGUAAUGCUAAGAGUUUCUUGCAGUGUUAAACGGAUUUUAAUGUAAAUUUUGAGAUGCUUCUCAAUUUUUAAACAAAAGUAACAGAUUUUUACUUUUUUCUGAAUAUAAUUUCAAAUCACCUUUUGUGUUAAUCAAAAUGGAAUAUUCCACAAGCAUUUCUUUUGUUCAAUUCAAAAAUAAGUGCAUGAGUAAUUCUUAUAUUUAGCAUAAUAUAAAGGUCACGAUAUCGGUAAAUCAAGGUCAUCGAAAAUCUUUUUUGCACGACCUGAUAUCUCGCAGCUGAAUACAGCAGAACAAGGAAUCAAGUAACCAAAAUAAAAUAAAAAAUAUUCCCGAGGUAAUAGUACUCGAACCUCUUAUCACAAAGACCUUAAUUAAAAACUGAUAUAAUUAGAAUUUCAUUCCUAUAGACCAUUUCUUGAACCCCGUACCUUUAAAACUUGUUUUACACUAAAAAAGGAACAAAACGUUAUUAAAUUUAUCAGAUUUAAGGUUUUAACCCUUCCAUUCGUUGAGAGUUUUACGAAGGAAUGAUAAGAGAAUAGACACAUUUUGAAGAUAAAGAUUGAAACUUUUUGGUCUCAAAGAAAUACUUAGUCUGUUCAUCAUCAAGAAAUCUGUUCUUCAUCGGCUGAUUGUAGCGUGCUUUCUUGAUCAAGAAAUGGCCAAUUACACACCAGUAAAAAUUGCUUACACAGCUUUUGAACCAGGUGGAGGAAGUAAUGACAAACUGACACCAAUAAUAUUCUUACAUGGUGCAACCUGGACAAAGGAAACGUGGGACGUUAUACCACAAAUCAUUGCUGACAAAACAAAAAGGAAAGCUUAUACCUACGAUGCAAGAAACCAUGGAGAAAGUGAAUCUACUAAACAUUUCAAUUUCGACUUAAACGUUGAUGAUCUUUUUCAUUUCAUGGAUGAAUUGAACAUUGAGAGAGCCAUUUUAGUAGGCCACAGUAUGGGAAGUUUCACAUCCACAAAUGCUGCACUUAGAAAGCCUGAAAGAGUAGAAAUGAUUUUCUCCGAAGACAUGUAUAUAAAGAAAAUACCUAGGAAGGUUGCAGACAAUGUUAUCAGUUUCAUAUUGGAUUUAAGUGAAGCUGUGCAGAGCGCUCAAAAAGAUUUGAACGAAAGUGAUGCUCUUGCAGAAGCUGUAGAAUUUCUUUUAAAAAAUAAUAAAGGGAAUGUGACAUUAUCAUCAAAAGAAUCUUUCAAGAAAUCGAUACGUGUCUUGAAGAGAAAAUCAGAUGGAGGAUAUGAUGUACCUUUCAAUAAAGAUCCAAUCAUUAGAGGGUUUGAAGAUCUAGAUACAUUAAUGACUAGUCCCAGUGGUCAAUUCAAUGGCCAUGUAUAUUUCAUAUAUGGAGGAGCCUCCCCCUUUGCAGUGAGAUCUGAAGAAGAACACAUUAAGAAUCAUUUCCCAAAAGCUGAAUUUAUUAAAUUUGUAGGAGGUUCUCACAAUCUUCACCUGGAAUAUCUUGAUAAGUUUGUUAAAACAAUUUUGGACCGCUUAUAACAAAAAUAAAAAUGUCAGAACUUGA